UUCAUUACGGGGGUGCGGUGUGGAUGGGGUUUCUGGUACGACCCAAAUCUAAAAGUAGCAUUCGUUUCCUCCAUUAACGAAUGCAAAGGAACCAAUACCAUGUUGUCUUCCAGUCCGCUCUGUAAGUUGAAAUCCACCGUUCACCACCACCCCUCCACCACCACCAAACGUAGUUGUCAUUAUUCCUUUCUCACAAGCAUUCCAUCAAAAUCACUCCACGGCCGAUUUCCCCCCGUUUUCUACCCCACGGCUCACUCUUCUUCAACUACUUUUUCUGGGUUAAUCUUUUCAGUACCUCAGCAAUCGAUAGAUUUGGCUGAUGGAAUCGAAGGCAAAAUUAAUACCCAAGCAGAAGGAAAAAAUCCCGAUUCCUCGAGUAAGGCCUUCAAGACUAUUCCGAAGCACCUGAGGAGAAAAAGGAGGAAGCCCUUGAAGAUUUCCACUCGUGCUCGCUCUUCUGUUGCGUUACCGCUGGACGCUGUUGUCAUGGUUAUUUGCGUUAGUGGGCAUCCAGAUUUUUCAUGCCCAUGGCAAAAGAAACAAGAAAAAAGUGAUAGCAGUGGAUUUGUGAUUGGGGAUAGAAGAGUGUUAACAUGUGCUCAUUCCGUGGAUCACCACACCCAAGUGAUGCUCAAAAACCGCUACUCUGAUACCUUAUACGAAGCUUCUGUGAUAGCAGUAGCACCCGAGUGUGACAUUGCAAUGCUUACAGUUUGUGAUGACGAGUUCUGGAAAGGAGUUAAGCCGGUUGAAUUUGGAGGCACGUUAGCGCCCAAAGAUAAAUUAACUAUUCUGGGCUGUCAUGGUGAGAGUUGUGUAUAUAUGAAAAGGGCUCGUGUGACAAGAGUGGGCAUGAAAUGUUAUUCCCAUUUGGGUGCCGAAUUUCUCGCUUUAGAGGUGAAUGUUACUAUAAGGAAUGGAAUUUCUGGUGGACCUGUUUUUAAUAAAAGUGGCAAAUGUGUGGGAAUGGCCUUUCAGGGUGCAGGCAGCACAACUGAUGUUAUACCUACCCAGGUUAUUAAGCAUUUCAUUCGAGACUAUGACAAGAAUGGAGCAUAUACUGGGUCCCCAAAUCUUGGCAUCAAUUGGCUAGUGAUGGAAGCUUCUGAUUUAAGAAUGAAGAGAGAUGAUCAAGGUGGUGUUCUAAUAAUGGAAGUUAUGCCUGAUUAUCCAGAAUCUGAUGUUCUGAAUCGGUAUGAUAUUCUUUCAAGAAUUGAUGGGCUUAAAAUUCGCAGUGAUGGAACAGUUCCAUUUAAACAAGGACGCCGCGUGGAUUUCACUUACCUUAUCACAAAAAAGUACGUGGGUGAUGAGGUUGUUCUUGAAGUUCUCCGGAAUUCAAAGAAACAAGAAUUCACCAUAAAACUCGCAACUCAUAAACAGUUCAAGCCAGGAAACAUCCUUGGGAGGCCUAUUUCAUAUUAUAUCGUCGCGGGACUUGUUUUUACGACUCUUUCUUAUACAUAUUUGGAAUCCUUGUAUCCUUCUGUUUCAGGAGACCUGAUGUCCCAAGCUGUGCAUGAACAACGAGUUGUUGUUUGUCAGGUUCUUGAGGAUGACAUAAAUAGUGGGUACGAUGCGGAGGAAGUCGUGAAUUUUCAGGUUCGAACUUUUAAUGGUAAGCUUGUAAAGAGUCUCAAGGAUUUGGCGAGUAUGGUGGAGAGUUGUAUCGAGGAAUUCUUAGAAUUCCGUCUUGACAACCGGAAGAAAUUGGUAUUCCAGACGAAAAAUGCCAGAGAAAGAAGUCGAGAAAUUCUGAAAAUGCACUGUAUACCUUCUGCUAUGUCAGAUGAUCUGAUCUGUUGUAUUGGUGAGUGAACCAAAUUGGGUAGCUGGGCAUUGGUACUAAUAUUAGAUCAUAACUCAUUUCCAAUUGGGUAGCAAGCAUUGUGACAAGCAACCCUGAUUUGCACUUCAUAAUGGCAAGUAAUUUUAACACUCCACUUUUUUGUCUUUUUAUUUUUUGUGAAAUUACCAAAUUACCCUUUAUUUUGUUAGUGUUCAUCGACUUUCUUACACAUGGAAGGGUAUUAUUGUAAUUUCAAAUAGGAAAGAGACAAAAGGUGGAGUGUCAAAAUCAAUUUCUUUCAUAAUUUUGCAUGUAUUAAUUUUAGUAUGUUAAAAAAUAUUAAUAGCUUUGUUC